UAUUGAGCAACCAGUUCUGAGACAAGCGAGCUUUACGUUAUCUGAGUGAUUGUAAACUUUUUAUUCGUAAAUUUUUCAAUCAAAGAUGGCACUGUUACCGUUAUUAUUUGACGAUAUUGCCCCAAGACGUCUACGGGAUCCUCUUUUCGACAUGGAUUUGUCGGACGACUUGCUUCUAGACGUGUUGGACCGACGCCCAUCUCUACGAUUACGGCAAUACAUUCGCCCAUGGAGAAAUUUAUCGGCGAUAAGUCGAGAUGUCGGAUCUACUAUUAAAACUGACAAAGACAAGUUUCAAGUUAAUUUAGACGUUCAGCAUUUCGCUCCAGACGAAAUUACUGUAAAAACUAUCGAUGGAUAUAUUGUAGUUGAGGGAAAACAUGAAGAAAGGCAAGAUGAACAUGGUUUCAUAUCUCGUCAGUUUAAAAGACGUUACGCCCUUCCUGAGGAUUGCAAUCCAGACACUGUUGAAUCCAAAUUAUCUUCAGAUGGAGUAUUAACAGUUUCCGCACCAAGAGAAUCGAGUCAUAAAGGCGAGAGAGUCAUUCCCGUGACCCAGACUGGACCGGUAAGAAGGAAGAAGCAAGAAGAAGAACAGAAUGGUGACGUAGAAGAAAUGAAGACACCACAGAAGAAAAAGAGACGUUAA